UGCUCUUUGCCCUGGCCUGGACCGAUGGAGGAGGGGGCACUGUUGGGAGUCGGGGAGCCACUGUCCGCGCGGAGGGCGUGGUGUCUACCUGAAGAACAUUUUACAGUAAAAGGAAAGAUGCUGUCUCCAAAUGAUGAAAAGUUAGAAACGCUGGAUCGGUUUUAUCGACCAUCAAUGGCCAGGCCCAAGACCAGUGCAGAAAUCAUAAGUGAAGCCCGAAAUGCACUGAGAACAGUUAGGACCCAGAGACCCUUUACGCCACGGGAGGACCAAAGGAAACUAUUCGGACCUGCAUCUUCAAGGACUCCGGAAAACAGACCCCCUUCCUCCUUCAGAUUCCUGAAGAUAGUUCCAGACCUUGGGUCCAAGAAGUUGGUUUGCAGUGGUUAAUAGUGGUUGUCACACCAACUUUAUAAAGUGAUA